AUGUGCCCUUCAUCACCUCAGCUUCAUGUGCCCUCCAUCACAUCAGCUUCAUGUGCCCUCCAUCAUCUCAGCUUCAUGUCCCCUCCAUCAUCUCAGCUUCAUGUCCCCUCCAUCUCCAUCUCCAUGUGCCCUCCAUCACAUCAGCUUCAUGUGCCCUCCAUCACAUCAGCUUCAUGUGCCCUCCAUCAUCUCAGCUUCAUGUGCCCUCCAUCAUCUCAGCUUCAUGUCCCCUCCAUCACCAGCUUCAUGUCCCCUCCAUCACCUCGGCUUCAUGUGCCCUCCAUCAACAGCUUCAUGUGCUCUCCAUCAACAGCUUCCUGUGCCCUCCAUCACCUCAGCAUCAUGUCCCCUCCAUCACCUCAGCUUCAUGUCCCCUCCAUCACCAGCUUCAUGUGCCCUCCAUCACUAGCUUCACAUCCUCUCCAUUAUCUCAGCUUCAUGUGCCCUCCAUCACCAGCUUCAUGUGCCUUCCAUCAUCUCAGCUUCAUGUGCCCUCCAUCACCAGCUUCAUGUGCCCUCCACCACAUCAGCUUCAUAUCCCCUCCAUUACCAGCUUCAUGUGCCCUCCACCACCCCAGCUUAUAUGUGCCAUCCAUCACCAGCUUCAAAUCCCCUCCAUCACCUCAGCUUCAUGUGCCCUCCAUCACCAUCUUCAUGUCCCCUCCAUCACCUCAGCUUCAUGUGCCCUCUAUCACCAUCUUCAUAUCCCCUCCAUCACAUCAGCUUCAUGUCCCUCCAUCUCAGCUUCAUGUGCCCUCCAUUACCAGCUUCAUGCGCCCUCCAUCACCUCAGCUCCAUGUCCCCUCCAUCACCUCAGCUUCAUGUCCCCUCCAUCACAUCAGCUUCAUGUGCCCUCCAUCAUCAGCUUCAUGUGCCCUCCAUCACCUCAGCUUCAUGUGCCCUCCAUCACCAUCUUCAUGUCCCUCCAUCACUAGCUUCACAUCCCCUCCAUCACCAGCUGCAUGUGCCCUCCAUCACCUCAGCUUCAUGUGCCCUCCAUCACCUCAGCUUCACAUCCCCUCCAUCACCAUCUGUAUAUCCCGUCCAUCAUCAGCUCCAUGUGCCCUCCAUCACCAGCUUCAUGUGCCCUCCAUCAACAGCUUCAUGUGCCCUCCAUCAACAGCUUCCUGUGCCCUCCAUCACAUCAGCUUAAUGUGCCCUCCAUCACCUCAGCUUCAUGUGCCCUCCAUCACCAGCUUCAUGUGCCCUCCAUCACCUCAGCUUCAUGUGCCCUCCAUCACCAGCUUCAUGUGCCCUCCAUCACCAGCUUCAUGUGCCCUCCAUCACCUCAGCUUCAUGUGCCCUCCAUCACCUUAG